GGCGGGAUCUUGUGACCAAAACAACAAGCGCGACUCCUUAAGAUUGACAGAGGACCAAAUACGUAGUAGGUAGGUAGGAGGUACCUUACCUUACCUACCUAUUAGGCUUCUUGCAACCACAACACAACACAACACAACACAGCACAUCACAGCAGCAUCCUUCUCGUCUCGUGUUUGUCAACGCUGCCUCCGCGUGGUUUUGUGGGCCGCAAGAUGGCCUCCGAUGCGUCUCGAAGGUAAUUCUCAUGGACUCACUGACCUCUCGUCCCCUUGCCUGCACGUGCUUUGUUUGGAGGUGGAGGACGGGGACGGGGACGGGGACGGCGACGGCGACGGGGAAGCGUGAGGCUGCUCCACGGCCGCUAAGGCAGCAAGGAUUUGGCAGCACUAGAUUUACACGUCCUCCACAAUUCGCGCUGCGACCUUCUGCAAUUGCUAACUCACGGUUGCUUUUAGAUGGCUCGACGGUUCGGGAAUUUGGAGCUGUAGAAUCAAGAUCCCUCAGUCCCAACCCGACGCUUCUCGAGCUCUCGAUCAGAGCCAGACGAACGACUCCUCAUCACACAUAGUUACCCCAACAGCUAUGGACGUCGCGCUGGAGAAUGGCAGCCCAAGCUCCCGGCGCAACAAAGGCAAGAUCGCAGAGGCUAUCCAGUCGAUGUCAAAUUUAAAUGCCAGUAUGGAGGCACUUGAUCUGCCUACCGACCCGGAUGCCCAGGCCACUGUUACCGACUUCCUCGACUUCACAGAGUAUCUUCCUGCCGACAUGAUCCGCUCCCUUACUCUCAUACGAAAUCUCGACGAGACCUAUACCGAUGCCUCUAGCAUAGUGAACGACCUCACCAAGAAAUAUGGAGAUCUUCCAAACAUCGCGCCAGACAAGAAACCGGAUCCCGUGAAGCUUCGUGGGGAGAUAUCGCAGAAUCUCGAGCAGGCUGUGACUGCCCGCACAUUGGCACAUGCGGAGGCAAGUCGCAUGGCCGAGAAUGUUGACCGCCACUACAAUCGUGCGAAGAAUAUUCUGGCGAAGCUACAAGCCAUGGCUGAAAACUACCCACCUUCGCGAGAGCCCAGUCCAGUCCCCCAAAAGGCGAAAUCUCCAGCUGUGGCACGCCCGCCGAAGAUAAUGCUACGUGUAGGAAGUGAACAACAGGUUCCAGCUCGUAUCCGCAAGCAUCGUGCCCCACGAAUCACAGUCCCGGGAGAGGUUCUUGCGCCGUAUGAGCUUGACUAUGAAUCGUACGGAUCGGAUUCGGAUGGUAGCGACUCUGAGGAUAUUGAGCCUAUUACACCACGAGCUACACCUGGAGUGUCACUUCAUCUAGGUACAGGCAAGAUCAAGCUGAAGAUUCCCAAACCAGCUGUGAAGAAAGAAAAGACUCAGAAGCCUCCCCGUCAGCCUCGACCACCAGGAGUGAUGGGUACCAAUGUUCAUAGUGCUGUUGCUGGUAUCUCUACAAGCAAUGCUCUAGCUAUGCUUCGUCCACCUCCAGCAGAUGCAGUGAAGGGCGACGAAGCCCUCCCAUGGCUGCAGCUGAAUGAUUGGGAGCUAGCUAUCCUCAGGAAGAGGAUGAAGAAGAAUGCAAUAUGGAGCCCAAGCGACACCAUGAUUGCCCGCGAGUUGAAAGUCCUGGGCCGUGGUAUCGAGGCAUACAGAGCAGCAAGAGCUGAAGCUGAAGCUUCUGGAAUUCCCUAUGAUAAGCCCGAGCCGCCUCAAUUGAGAGGAGAAACGGUUCAUGCCGAAGGAGCUAUCAGUGUUGAAGCAUUGCGCUCGUCUGACCCGCAACUCAGCAAUCGGGGUAUGAAGUUGAAUGAAGCCAAGAAAUUGAAGAAAGAAAACCAGGCGAAGGAGCUUGCGAAAUUAGCCGCUGAAGAGGCAGAGCAGUCUGCUCGUAAGAUGGCUCAAGCUGCCGAGGCUAUGAAGGGUCUGUUCAAAGCACCGCAAAGUGACGAUAAGAAAUCUACUGUAAAGACGCCUAGUAAGAGCAGAACCCCUGCCCGGAAACGCAAGAGGGAGAGUCCACCUGACGGAGAACCCGAGAGCGAAAAGCCUACGGAAGGGGACACGAAGCCAACGAGACCACCACUCAAGAGAAACAAGACAGAAACGCCAGUUCCUGCUCCUCAACCUAUAACUACAAAACAGUCGCCUAUCCUGCCACCAGAAUCCGCUGCGUCAGUAACAUCCGAGGCAGCCCCGCUCUCAACGCCGCUCGAAGUGCCUACAGAUCCAAUGUCUCUUCCAAUCCCUGCCCCUUCUCCCAAGAAGUCUUCGACGCCUAUCUUACCUCCUGGAAGAGAGCCAAAGAAGGCCAUCAAGAAGGAGAACAAGAAGACCACUGAGACAGCUACAAAUACCAGACCCCGAAGAAGUUCACUGGCCGAUGUAGCAGCUGCCCCUCUUAAUAUUCCCGAGCCACUUCCCUUGAAGCGCCCGACUUCAUCUCGAAGUAAAGCACCAAGCGUCGAGCCAGCUCCUCUGACGGGCUCAUCGGCCGUUGAUCGACCUCGUCGUGCUAGUACAGCUCGCAACACGCCAGCUCCUGCUGAUCCUCGUCAGACCAGCAAACGCGCCAAACGUCCAGCCCCAGGAGUUGUCACUGCAGGUUCCGAAGGCUCGGCCUCUGUCAGCGUCGGCAAGAGGAAAGCAGCAACGCGCAAGAAGGCGAGCACCAAGAAGGAAAAGAAAGACGGCCGUGAAGGCAGUGCCGUUCAGGAAAUCCUUGAUGAGGUCGAUGAUGAGGGCAAUGUUAUUGAUCCAAAGGAGCCUCGUUAUUGCCUAUGCAACCGAGUUAGUUUUGGGACCAUGAUUGGUUGUGAGAACAAUGAUUGCGAGAAGGAAUGGUUCCAUCUUGAAUGCGUCGCCUUGACAGAUAUCCCACCCCGGACUACAAAGUGGUAUUGUCCCGAAUGCAGAGUCACGCUUGGUAUCGGUGAGAAAGGCGAAGUUACAGCACGCGGAAAGAAGAAGUGAAUUCUCCCUGCCACGAAGCAAAUGGACUAAUGGGAGACGGUAUCAUGGAUUGGGCAGGAGGAACAGGCUGUUUCACUGUUGCGGAAAUUGAAUCUGGGACGUGAAAUAAGCAGGCAGGCAGAUAGGCUUCGCAGCUUGGCGCUCAGAUAUGACUUUUUAGCUUUUACGUUUUUGCUUCGAACGUGCAGGGUGUUAGGAUCGGCGGAGCUGUAUGGAUUAUGUACUGUAUGGAUUAUCAUGUACGAUAUAUUCAAUCGGGUAGAGGCUAGCAUCGCAUAUUUAUUUGAAGUCUCUUGGGAAGACGACGAUGUGUUCUAUGUUUGUACGCUUAUUUUUCUGGCAGAAUACUGACAGGGGGAUAAAGUAGCCACGUGAUGAGAGGGGGGAGCUUACUACUUUCGGCUUAGCCUAUAACACUUAAGCACUGACCC